AUGGCAUUGCUGAUUUAUGCAGGAAUACAAGUAGAGGAUAUCCAUGAUUCCCUACUAUAUCCCCUACAAGGCCGUCAAGCGUUUUUUUUUUUUUUGUGGACGGAUUAUCGACAAUUGAAGGAAAAAUUAAACCAAUAUUCUCUCCCUCGAAAGUCAAAUGACUUCGCUUUAUUUGAGCUCAUGCGAGUGAAACCGGAAGAAAGCGAAAGGACUGGGAACUAUGCAGCAAUACUACGGAAAGCAGCCGGGAAAUGCGACUUUGCAAACUGGUUGGCACACAAAAUGAUAAAAUGUCUUAUCAUAAGUAACCUACAUGACGACCAGCUACGAUUAAUAUGUUUGCAAAAGGAGCUGACACUUGAUCAGCUACUGAUGAAAGCACGAAAGAGAGAAGAUGCCAUGGCCAUGAAUGAAGUCAUGCACAAAAAAGACGGGGAGAAAGAGAAGUUAAAUAGAGGGAAGCAACGACAACCAUUUAAAGGCCCAUACUAA